GUGUGAAUAAGGCUAGUUAAGCUGUACGGAUGUGCAGUCAGGUUAUUGUAAUCGGGCCGCCAUUUAAACGUCCUCGUCAAUUUGUUUGUCCAUUUAGCACUAUUAACAAAUACACCUGAAUUCGGCGGCAAUUUGGAUGCUGCAGACGGAAUAUUACGAGGAACGGGUUCGGUUCAGUGCUCAAUGUGGCACAAAAAGCUAGCUUGUCGCUGAUAAGGAGUGGAAGCAGCUGCCAGUUUUGCGGCUCUCUGGGCGCCCUUUUGGAAAGUCAGAGCGGAAAUAUAAGAAGCGUGGCAGGCAUAACUGCGGUCGAAUCUCUCUGCGCUCUUCUGCGCCACGAGUAGAAUGGAUAGCAAAGACAAUAUCGGGAGCGGAGAUAUAUGAUGAAAUUCCCUGAAAACAUGGUUUGGUGGAAGAUUCUGAUUGUGGCGGUUUUGUUUGCGUAAACAAGUCAACAACGACAUGCCGUGGACAGCGUGUCAUUUUGCAAAUGGAUAAUUCGGAAAUACUGCCCCACUCUCAUCGUGGAUAUUAUCGGCAAUGUGGGAUUUCGAAGGUUACUCCCAGGAUGAUUGGCAAAGAGGAGAUUCUCCCGCGGGAAUACCAUUCUAUAUCAACCACAAAGAACAAACUACACACUGGGACCAUCCACUUCUUACGAAAAUAUUUGCAGAGGAUAUAGCAUCCUACAAUGACGUGCGAUAUGCGGCCUACAGGACGGCACUUAAAUUUCGGACAUUAUCAAACCGGUUACAAUUGCACCAGAUUAAAUUAUCGACAAUCCGGAGUGUCCUAAAACAGCAUGGAUACGAGGCCGUGUACCAGAAUCAUACACUCAUUCCCUGUGUAGAAUUAGAGACUUUAGUGGCCGACAUCUACCUGAGUGCCCGUCGCGAACUGCCCAGCAUUGAUCAGCCCGAAGUGAAUGCUGAAUUAUUAUUAUGUUUGCUGCUGAAAUUAUACGAUACAAAUCGAUGCGGUACCAUUAAAUUGAUUUCCGCCAAAAUUGGAUUGGCUCUGCUCGCAUCCGGCUCUUACUUGGAAAAGUGGAAAUACAUUUUAGGCGAAUUGUUCGAUUACAACCGGUGUUUAAGUCGUAAAAAUGCCUUUAACCUCCUGGUUGAUGUGGCCCGAAUACCUGAAAUUUUGGGUGAGAAGCGCCUGUUCGGGACACAUUUGGUUCCGGCAGCCGUUGAAAGCCUAUGGAUUCGCGGUCGUCCCACGAGUGUCGGACUGACAGAAGAUGGCUUCCGUCAUUGGUUGAGAGACGAACCACAAACACUUGUUUGGCUAAGUACCAGCUACCGUAUUCGACAGGCCGAACGGAUACGGCAUCAUAUCAAAUGUUCGGUGUGCCGAACUCAGCCAUUCAAUGGAUUACGCUAUCGGUGUUUGCGAUGCUACAACUACAACAUGUGCCAGAACUGCUUCUUCACCGGCAAAUUCAACAAAUCCCACCGCCUACGGCAUCCCAUCCGCGAAUAUUCCUCCUACGUCACCGCCGGCCAGGAGACAAAAGAUCUCAUUAAGAUCAUGAGGAAUCGCGUCUUUCGCGGGGAAGAUUAUGAGCCCAAGCCCCGCUACAUGCCCAUUUUACCGGAUUCGGCGUCGGCGAUGGAAUUCGCGGCCGGUGCCGACUCGGAUCGCGAGCCGGACACCGCCGAUAAUCGGUCGCGCUCGACAGCGCCCAGUCACGGUAACAGUACCGGUACACCAUCGGGGAGUGUCAGUGCGGUGAAUAAAAAAGACUUUGAGGUGGAUGUGGAAGUAAUUAGCGAGCUAGAUAGCGCGCACGGCGGCAUUAGCGAUUUGCAGUCCGAAAGAAAUUACAUGCCGCGAUCGAUCUCUGAGCCCAUUGACGCGCACUUCCGUUUGGCAUUACAGCAGCCGCCGACUGUGCCGGAAGAUGCACUGGCGGAAGAAGCGGAUGGUGCAGGCCGACCGGCGGUGGAUGUGACAAUCAAAUCUCUGGAUAAUCAAACUCAAAUUACCACGCCGGCCCAGCCGAGCGUGGUACCUAAAGAUAACCCGCCGGCUGUAACUGUACCACCGCUGCCGGUAUUAUGGGAACCACAGAUACCCGCGCCUGUAAUCAUGAAAGAACGCUCAGUGAGACAGGAACCUCCGGCGCAUCCCAGCCCAGCAACGACAAAGCGCCAAAUCAGUGCAGUCACCGCACAAAUUCUCAACUACACCGAGGUGGACGUCCUUCUACCGAAAGUCCAACCUUCAGUUCCCAGUAUUCCCGUGAAAGGCAAGACCAAAUAUACAGAAGUUGUUAUCAAUAAACCGCCAACAAAGUCAGCAAUCAGCGUUCAGAACGACCAGCAACGUGUCGGUCAGUCGAGCAGCAGUGAGUUCUCUACCCUGGACUACAUUGACGCGAGCCCUCGGGGAGAACCGCCCAUUCAGUAUGAGCGCAUCCAGCCACGCUCCUUGUAUCCCAAAGUCAUUAGCAAGAGUUCUGUCGAGGUCCAGACGGAUGUCGCGGAGCGCGCAGUAAAUUUAGAUGAGAUUCGACGACAGGUCCAUGUUAUGCAGCGGGAAAACAGAGAACUUCACGAUCAGUUUGACGCCAUGCAUCGACUAGUCGAUUCUUCAUCGCCCUCACCUGAACUCAUCGUCGAUCGAAGUAAACUCGAGCAUGCCAUCUCGCGCAAUGCUAAUUUUGAAGCACAACUUGAGCAUUUAGAGAAGAUGCUAGUGGAUAAUAUGGGUCCGCGCACGGCGCCUAACGGUUACGACAAACGUUCACUGGGCCGGCCGCCGGUGGAGAAAUGGCCCGGGAUCGGAUCACGACCCCUUCCCGGAGCCUACAAUUACGUCGGCCGCUCUGGGAGUUUCAAUGAUUCACUGUACCACCCUAACGACACCCGCCUGCCUCCCUUCCCGGUUGAUAAUCAAGUUCCUAAAGCCAUUUCGGAUCCCAAUACUCCACUGAAGCGCAGCGCCGCCCCGCCCCCUCCGCAGCGUCACCUGCCGGUCGCCGAGACAAACGGCGUCCAUUACCAUCCUAUCCUCGAUGAACUAGAGGAAAAGCUGCGCUUACUGAAUGCUCCACUGACGCCUCGCGAUCUCAAACAUCCCUUCUGGCACCAUCUGAAGGAGAAAUUCGAAUCGGUCAUGGGCCAGCCGAAUCGCAGUCCGGCCGUGGGCAGUGUGUCGUAUCAGAGUUAUGGGAAAAUCGACAAAGACUACGCCCAUACACCGGCCAAUUACGGUCGGAAUAUUGCGUAUAAUUCCACUUUGGAUGUGUCCGACCACCUAAUACCGGGCAUUGCCCAUCCCAGUCCCAAUGAAUCUCAGUCGAGUGGCUUCUCCUCGGGGCGGGAGACGGAUCUGAAGUGGGAGGAAGAGCGCAGUGUAUCGGCUAAUUAUCGGAUGCCGCGCAGUAAAUCCCUGGGCUUAGCGUCGCACCGGCAAGUCAGUGAUGAUAUUGCACAACUGGACAAACUGCUGGAGUGGUUGGAUGAGUUCAAGAAAUCCACAUGAGGAUAUACAGGCGUCUAAUUAGAUUAUGAAUAUUUGAUGAACCGAUCAUAUUCCAAGUGACAACACUCACUGCGGACGUCAAGUGUUGAAUCGGAUGAUUUUUGUCUCUUAACAAGUUGCGAAAUGGCUGUGAAGUUUUACCUUGAGAAGUGGAAUUUUAUGUUGACUUUGGGAUUAAUUUGCGGCUCCUUAUGUUGCGCUUGAAUGGCAUUUUUUGUUGGUACAAGUGGUCUCGCGCUCUCGUUUAUUGUCAAGUUUAUGCUUAUGAAGUUUUGUUUGGAUGUUUUCCUUUAUUAUACAGAUCUGUGAGUGUAUUUGUGCUGGUUGAAGUUAUAAAUUUGAUUCUAUUC